AAUAUGAACAUCGAUCUUCUUUCUUUAGCUAGGCUGCCAUUGUUCCACAGCAUGAACUUCCAAUGUGAUCUGUCAUCGAAAAGCAGGAAAUAUUACCAAGCAUCGGUAGUUAGCCCCGCGAGUGAAGUCACUUUGUUUGGCGGGGUAGCUGCUUCCCACUUAAAGCUUCACAUAUCCCAUCCUUAAACAGAUGACAACCCGCCUUGCCCAACUCUCAGAUCAGAUAAAAAUGGCUAAUCGUCCUGACAUCCACUUGUAUACCACCCAAACCCCUAACGGUAUCAAAAUCUCCAUCACUCUUGAAGAGUUGGGAUUACCAUAUAAGGUUACGAAAAUCGACAUCUCAAAGAACACUCAGAAGGAGCCAUGGUUCUUGGAGAUCAACCCUAAUGGCCGUAUUCCCGCCCUAACUGAUACCUUUUCGGACGGCAAAACCAUUCGGCUUUUCGAGUCAGGAUCAAUUCAACAAUACCUCGUUGAUCAGUAUGACAAAGAUUACAAAAUCUCCUAUCCCAAGGGAACCCGAGAAUACUACGAGACGAACAACUGGCUGUUUUUCCUCAACGCUGGUGUUGGACCAAUGCAAGGUCAAGCCAACCACUUCAGUAGAUAUGCACCAGAGCGUAUCGAAUACGGCGUCAACCGCUACGUCAACGAGACCCGCCGCCUCUACGGAGUUCUCAACACACAUCUCGAGAAAUCCACUUCUGGCUACCUCGUUGGCGAUAAAUGCACCAUCGCUGACAUUGCUCACUGGGGCUGGGUUACUGCGGCAUUCUGGGCUGGUGUUGACAUCGAAGAAUUCCCAGCUUUGAAGGCGUGGGACGAUAGAAUGCUUGCUAGACCUGGUGUUGAGAAGGGCAGACAUGUUCCGGAUCCUCACCGUAUGAAGGAAUUGUCGAAAGACCCUGCAGCAAUCAAGGAGCACGCUGAGAAAUCUAGGGCCUGGGUUCAGCAGGGCAUGGCUGCUGAUGCCAAGAAGUAGAACAUCACUACAUGUAGUCUGAGUAGUUCAAUACAGCAUGGAUUGCAAAAAGAUUAUGGUCGUAUGUGCACUAUGGAUAGACCGUAUCAUUUAGGUAUACAGGGUGAUCAUCGCCUCGUUGAACCUAUAGCGCCGGGUUCUGUAUGCUUUAUCCUUUCCAAAACGCCCGCUAACAUGCAAAUGCUCUGAUCAAUAAGAUCCAGUA